AUGUUCCUCUUUGUAGCAAAGUGUAGACAGCUUGCUGCCCAUUAUGGAAGAUGCGGGUUCCACCAGCUCUGGGCCCUUCUCCUGCAAUGGGACCCACGUUGGUGGAGGUUUCCGCUGGUGGUCUCUGUGUCGUCUGGACGCGGAGACCCCAGGAGCCGCACAAAUGCUGCUUUGGCUGCCACUGUUGCUGCGAGCGAUGAACCAGCCUUCACCUCCUUCGUCACCACAGCUGUGGAACUGUGGCAGGCUAAGUUUCCGCGGCCUGGCUUCAACAGCGUAUUUUGUUUGCGACGUUGUCGUGUAACCACGCGCUUUACGGGUACGGAGCGAGCCGGCGCCAAGGCCACACCCUCCGGGAAGCCUCGCGGAGAGCGAGGUGGAUGCGCGGCGGGGCCAGCCCAGCGGCGGCCGGAUUUCUCCGCCGCGGAGCCAAGAGGGCCUCCGGAAGCUGCGGUGUCGGCGUCUAGGGACGGCCCGGGAGGCGGCAGCGGCAGCGGCAGAGGCGCAGCGGGCGGCCUCGGGCCGGGGAGCGGAGGUCCGGGGGGCCCCGCGGGCAGGAUGAGCCUCACCCCGAAGGAGCUCUCGAGCCUGCUGAGCAUCAUCUCGGAGGAGGCGGGCGGCGGCAGCACCUUCGAGGGCCUGUCCACCGCCUUCCACCACUACUUCAGCAAGGCCGACCACUUCCGCCUGGGCUCGGUGCUGGUCAUGCUGCUGCAGCAGCCGGACCUGCUGCCCAGCGCGGCGCAGCGCCUCACGGCGCUCUACCUGCUGUGGGAGAUGUACCGCACCGAGCCGCUGGCCGCCAACCCCUUCGCCGCCAGCUUCGCGCACCUGCUCAACCCCGCGCCGCCCGCCCGCGGCGGCCAGGAGCCCGACCGGCCGCCGCUCUCAGGAUUUUUACCUCCUAUAACUCCACCAGAAAAGUUUUUUCUUUCCCAGCUAAUGCUGGCACCCCCAAGGGAACUCUUCAAAAAGACACCUCGACAGAUUGCAUUGAUGGAUGUCGGAAACAUGGGCCAGUCUGUGGACAUUAGUGGGCUUCAGUUAGCCUUGGCUGAACGCCAGUCUGAAUUGCCAACCCAAAGUAAGGCUAGCUUUCCUAGUAUUCUCAGUGACCCAGACCCGGAUUCUUCUAAUUCUGGAUUUGACAGCUCAGUUGCCUCUCAGAUCACGGAAGCUUUAGUCAGUGGACCAAAGCCACCUAUUGAAAGCCACUUUCGGCCCGAGUUCAUUCGCCCACCACCUCCACUGCACGUGUGUGAGGACGAGCUGGCCUGGCUGAACCCAGCAGAGCCUGACCACUCGGUUCAGUGGGAUAAGUCGAUGUGUGUGAAGAACAGCACGGGUGUGGAGAUCAAGCGGAUAAUGGCCAAAGCUUUCAAAAGCCCCUUAUCUUCUCCUCAGCAAACACAGCUUCUUGGUGAGUUGGAAAAAGAUCCCAAACUUGUCUAUCAUAUUGGCCUCACUCCAGCCAAACUUCCUGACCUAGUGGAAAACAACCCUCUAGUCGCCAUAGAAAUGCUGCUGAAGUUAAUGCAGUCAAGCCAGAUCACCGAGUACUUUUCAGUCUUGGUCAAUAUGGAUAUGUCUUUACAUUCCAUGGAAGUUGUAAAUCGACUAACUACAGCUGUUGACCUACCUCCUGAAUUUAUUCACCUUUAUAUAUCAAAUUGCAUCUCCACUUGUGAACAAAUUAAGGAUAAAUAUAUGCAGAAUCGCUUGGUGCGUCUUGUGUGCGUCUUUCUCCAAUCCUUGAUCCGUAACAAGAUCAUCAAUGUGCAGGACUUGUUUAUAGAAGUGCAGGCAUUCUGUAUCGAGUUCAGUAGGAUACGAGAAGCUGCUGGCCUUUUCCGGCUGUUGAAGACACUGGAUACUGGGGAAACACCUUCUGACACCAAAAUGUCAAAAUAAUACCUCAUCACAACCACCCCAUUUAUUGUUCAGCUGUACUGUGAUUUGACUUUUAAAACUGUUAAAAACCUGAGUGGAUUAUUUGUUGUAAAACACAUAAACAACACUUUAACUAUUUAAAGCAAA